CAAACAUUAAUCAAGACUCUUCAGCUUCUCAAUUCUUCGUUGAUUGCGGAGAAAAGAUAAAAAAAAAUCAUGGCGAAGCAAGAACAUAGCAGCAUCUUGGAAGCACUUGACGUUAAAAAGGUUACAUGGUACCACGUCACGACGGUUAUAAUCUCCGGUAUGGGUUUCUUUACGGACUCAUACGAUCUCUUUGUGAUAUCUCUCGUUACGAAGCUCCUUGGCCGUAUCUACUAUCAUCACCCUGGCUCCUCCUCCCCGGGAAGCCUCCCUGAUGGCAUCUCUGCUGCCGUGAGCGGUGUGGCCUUUGCCGGAACAUUUAUCGGACAGAUUUUCUUCGGGUGUCUCGGUGACAAGCUCGGCCGUAAGAGAGUCUACGGCUUAACUCUUGUGAUCAUGACCGUAUGCUCUAUUUGCUCUGGUCUUUCCCUUGGCAGCGACCCAAAAACCGUCAUGGUAACGCUCUGCUUCUUCCGCUUCUGGCUCGGGUUUGGCAUCGGUGGUGACUAUCCUCUCUCGGCUACGAUCAUGUCCGAAUACGCCAACAAAAGUACACGUGGCGCGUUCAUAGCAGCUGUUUUCGCUAUGCAAGGGUUUGGGAUCUUGGCCGCGGGAUGUGUGUCCUUGCUCGUCUCUGCUAUCUUCGACCAUCAGUUUCCGUCUCCAGCCUAUAUGGUCGACCCGGCUGCCUCAACCGUCCCGCAGGCAGAUUACGUGUGGAGGAUCAUUCUCAUGUUAGGCGCUGUACCGGCUCUAUUAACUUACUACUGGCGUGCGAAGAUGCCUGAAACAGCUCGCUACACUUCUCUAGUCGCUAAGAACCCGGAGAAAGCGGCUACAGAUAUGUCUAAGGUUCUCGAUGUAGACAUUGAAGCCGGUUUUGCGAAGAAUGACCAAGCUAGGGUUUCUUCAGACGAGUUUGGCUUGUUCUCCAAGAAAUUCCUCCGUCGCCACGGGCUCCACCUGCUCGGAACAGCCACCACAUGGUUCCUUCUCGACAUUGCUUUCUACAGCCAAAACCUCUUCCAGAAAGACAUCUUCACCACCAUUGGUUGGUUACCCUCGGCCAAAACCAUGAACGCAAUCCAAGAGCUGUACCAGAUCGCUAAGGCACAGACCCUAAUUGCUCUUUGCGGCACCGUUCCUGGUUACUGGUUCACCGUAGGUUUAAUCGACUGGAUGGGACGGUUCAAGAUUCAGGUCCUUGGAUUCUCUUUUAUGACGGCUUGCUUGAUUGGUCUAGGCAUACCGUACCACCAUUGGACCUUACCACAUAACCGAAUCGGUUUCGUUGUUCUCUACUCUCUCACGUUUUUCUUCUGCAAUUUUGGACCUAACGCAACUACUUUCAUUGUCCCGGCUGAGAUUUUUCCAGCGAGGCUAAGGGCCACUUGUCAUGGUAUCUCUGCGGCUUCGGGUAAAGCCGGUGCGAUGGUUGGUUCUUUUGGUUUUGCUGCUUUGGUGAAGGCUGUGGGGAUGAAAAAAACCUUACUGAUCAUGGCAGGAAUCAGUUUUCUUGGCUUGUUGUUCUCGUUUCUUGUUCCGGAGCCUAAUGGAAAAUCGCUUGAGGAGCUUUCCGGCGAAGCUGAACCGGAGAAAAUCUAGGAGAAUAUUGUUGUUUAGAUUUCUUUUGUUUUUUUUCUCUCUUGAUUAUCGUGUUUAAUUAGGAUAUUUCUUUUUCUUUUUAUUAGAUUUAAUGAGUUUUUGUUUGUUUACGAAUUAUCCUAAUUUUAUUAUCAGAUUUAUAUAAUUUAAAAGAUAAUGACUUUUUUUUUUCUAAAGUGACUAUUCGAAAUUGAUAUGGAGUGUUUUUUCUUUUCUUUUCUUUUUUCCUCUAAUGCAAAACAACACACUUUUUGUUACUCUCUCGGGUCUCUCAGCUAUCCUAAUCCCAUUAUGUUUUCUAGGUCAAAUUUCGAUAGUGGCAAUAGUAAAUACGGCUAUUAAUAAUAAUCAUUAGUCUUAUGAAAAAACUAAAAAAUACAACAAUAAAACAGAGGGAUAUUAUCGAGAUAUAUCAUAUGAAGGCUUGAUUGUUUUUUCUUCUUCUUAUUAUCUUAUAUUGGAUAUUAAAAUAGAAAUUAUGAUUUCGUGUAUAAAAUAAACAUUCUUUUAUAAUAAAAUUUAUAUUAUCUUUCAUAUUUUUCAACAUAAACAGAUUUCUAAAACUUUGUAAACCAAACCGGUAACUCUGAUCCAUGUAAACGACAAAAGACAGUUACUUCUUGGCACUCCAGAGUAUUCUGUGUUUUGGAUACAUAAAUGAUGUUCGAGUUGUUCAAACUUUCCUUCAGCAUCUUGAUAUUUUCCAAAUAACUUGCAAAAGUUAGCUAUUUUUUUUGUUCCAAAAUUAUCUUCACCAGUUGAAAACAAUCUAUUGCAAAUGUGAUCUGAAACAGACGUAAAUUCUGCAUACAUUACAUUGCCCAAAUAAGCGCUUCCACUUCCGUGUGAAGAGGUGACAGACUCGCCCUUAUAUUCCUUGCAACCAUCAAACCAUCAAAACCUUCCAAAGUAGUAUAUCAUCCUUGUCCUCAAAAAAUCUCAUCAUCUUUCGAUGAUCCAUCUGUAAAGCACCAUCUACCUGGAAUGAUUGGUAGGUUAGUGGCCUCGACCUCUAUAUUUUGGGGAAUCCUUUGUGUCAGUGAAACAUGUGCUCCAGUCCACAAUAGAGACUCCGUUUCUGCCAAUUUUAAAGUGUCUCUAGGAUCAAUAUCUAUAUUACUAAAAAAAGUUAUUAUUUCGUCCCUUCCAGAUGUACCAUAAUAUCCAAAAAAAAUUGAUGAUCCUCCAUUUGUGGAACAAUUCUCCAAAAUAAAUGAUUCAUAUUCGCGAAAAGUGAUGGAUUAGGAAAAACAACUGGAUUCGAUGGGAUGUUGAGAGUGCCCAAACUUGUAUCGUCGGUAGACAUUCAAAAAGCACAUGAUUUAUUGAUUCCUCCAGUGCCCCACACCUCAAACAGCAAAUAUCCCCUUGCAUUCCCCUUUCUCCCAAGUUUUUCUUAACUCCAAUGCAUCAUGAUACUAUUUCCAUAAGAAAUGCUUCAUUUUCGGUAUGUAUCUU